GCUGUGAGCGUGGCACGGCACAUAUUCCUGGCCAACUGUCUGGCCACCAUGCAUGGGCCCCUUGCCCCUUUCCCAGUGCUCUCGCCGUACUCGCACGGGCUGGCAGCAGCCCUCUCAGAGCACGUCACCGCCAUGGUGCAGCUGGAGGUGGCGGCCAUUCUCGACCACUGCCUGCUCUCGCCGAUCCUCCGCCUCAUAGCGCAAGUCAACCAGGCCUCCCAGCAACAACAGCAGCAGCAGCAGGAGGCAGAGAAGGCUGGAGAAUCACCGCCGCAGCUCCCUCCUCUUGCGCUUCUCCCAGAGGCGUCCCCCUCUGCAGUGGCAGAAUCUCUUCAGCGGCUGUUUGCUCUCCUGGCGGGGGCCGAGGGGCGACUGCCUGAGUUUGAGGCGCUGGGCGUGGCGAAGCUGAGGGCGCAGGCCACUGGGCUGGUGGCGGGGGCCCUGGCGGAUGCGUAUGCGGCGGUUUAUGAGGCGGUGUGCGAUGAGAGGAACCAGUACCCUGAUGCUGGGGGGUUGUUGAGACAUACACCUGAGCACAUGCGGACGAUCCUGGGGAUAUGAGACGUGAUUAGACUGAGGAGAUUGGUUAGAGGUUUGAUGGAAAGGAGCUGCCUGAGCUUGAUGUAGUGGGAGGGACAAGCUGAGGGUGCAGGCGAAUGGGCUGGUGCUGGGGUACUGGCGGACGCGUAUGCGACGGUUUAUGAGGCAGUGUGCGAUGAACGGAACCAGUACCCGAUGUUGGAGGGAUGCUGAGACAGACGCCCAAGUGGACGAUCCUGGGGAUGAUGUGUUAGGCUUGAUUUGAGAUUGUCGACUGUAGAUGCUUGAUAUGAGGUGUCUAUUGCAUAGGAGGCAAGUGUGACGGUGUUUUCUGGGGAUCGUGUAGCUGAAAGUCUUCAGGACGGGUGUACAGGUGUUUCGUAUGGCAGUACAUAGCAUGUUGAGUCGUGGAUGUACUAGGUGCAUGGGCUUGGUUGAGUUGACUUUCAUAGUGGAGUAAUGAUGUGCA